CUGAAGCUUUUCCUGGCCCUGAUGAUGCUUCGAACAGCUGGUUCAAGUUUAACCAGUGCUGACACUGUGGUGAAUAUGCGGAAGGUGACUCAUCAGACCAUUACAGAGGAGCUGUCUAAAACUGUGCUGCUCCCUUGCCUCUUCACCCUUCGCCCUGGUGCCAGCUCAUUCCAUGAGCCCCCCAGGAUCAAAUGGACCAAGGUUUGGGGUCAGAGAGGCUCCGAUGGCCUUCAGAAGGAGCAGUCGGUCCUGGUGGCCAAAGACAACGUGGUGAAGGUGAAAAAGGCCUUCCAGGGUCGUGUGUCACUGCCAGGAUACAGUAAGGACCGCUACAAUGCCAGCCUUGCCCUGACCGGCUUGCGUUCCAGCGACUCUGGUCUGUAUCGCUGUGAAGUCGUGGUGGGCAUCAACGAUGAGCAGGACACCGUUCCACUGGAGGUCACAGGUGUGGUGUUCCACUACCGGGCCCCUCAUGACCGCUAUGCCUUGUCCUUCACUGAUGCCAAGAGGGUGUGCAUAGAGAACUCAGCUGCCAUUGCAACACCCGGUCAGUUGCAAGCAACCUUCGCUGAUGGCUACGAGAACUGUGACGCUGGCUGGCUGGCGGACCAGACUGUACGGUACCCUAUCCAGUCACCUCGACCCCGCUGCUAUGGUGAUCGGGAGGACUCACCUGGUGUUCGUAACUAUGGCAAUAGGGCCCCGGACGAGCUGUUUGAUGUCUACUGCUUUGCAAAGAAGCUUCAAGGUGAGGUGUUCCACUCCACCGUGCCAGAGAAGCUGAGCCUUGCCACCGCCUCCACCCACUGCCACUCUCUGGGAGCCCAGCUGGCCACCGUCGGGCAGCUCUACUUGGCUUGGCAGGCUGGUCUAGACCAGUGUGACCCCGGCUGGCUAGCAGAUGGCAGCGUUCGCUACCCCAUCAACGUCCCACGGAAGAACUGCGGCGGAGACGAGCCCGGGGUGCGGACCGUCUACAACAACCCGAACCGUACCGGCUUCCCGGCCACCACUGCCCACUUUGACGCCUACUGCCACAGAGCCCACCAGCCAGCAGCGAUCCAGGCGUCUGAGGCGAAGGCUCCGUACCUGGCUGUGAGACCGGCGUCGGAGGCUUUGUCUUUAGUCACUAAAGCCCAGAAACGUGGCCCCUCCAGUAGGAUGUCCAUCUGGGCUGACCUAUUUGCCUCAAACAAAACAGCAGUCCCCUCCUUUGCUAAAAACAAUGACUCGUCGGAAAUAUCUGAAGAGCACGUCGUCAUCAACUUAAACCCUGAGGAAGAUUGGGACGAAAGGCGCAACGGAUCCAGGAUAAGCCAGAUAGAUCCGGACGUUUCUGAGGGGACAGGUAGCAACAUGACUUCUGGCUUUCCUGACCUCGAGAGUACAGAUAACCAUGGGGGUUCAGCCCAUGAGGACAAGGAUCACAGCUACUUUGGAUCAGAAAGCCCAGCGUUAUCCCCCAUUGCCUCUUCCACCCCCCAGCCUCAGGCAAGUUACAGUCUUCUCACUGAAUUUGUUAAAACUCUCAUGAGGCCCUUUAAGUUUUUGACGGGAAGCAAAGGGACUGACAAGACAGAGCCGGAACCCACACUGCCUGAGGAAAAAGCUUCAGAGCACCAGUCACAGGGAGAGGCAUUCGGCAAAAAUCUAAGCGUUCCUAAACCCAGCGGAUACAAGGGCAGCAUGGACAAUGCCAUCCUGGAGCACAGAAGCAGCACCCCCCUCAGGGGUCCCAAAAGCGGCCUUCAGAGUUCAGAAAAGGGUCUCUCGGAGCAGGAAAAAGAGCUGAUGCCUCUCAUUAAGCUGGUGCCUUCGGUCCCAAACGCAGAGCAAAGGGUCAGCGGCGUUCACCCUGCGAACGGAGGAACCAGCUCGACGAAUGACGACCUGCAAUCCACUUUUAAUGAAUUUCUUCCUUCAGAUCCCGUUGAGAAUUCACCGUCUAUCAACAAUGUCAACAAAUCUGAUCUACCGGGUUCCAGGGAAGGCCAUUUCUUUGCUCCUGUCUCCAAUGCUCAGUUCCAGUGGGCCCCUAAGUCAGGGAGUGGUCCCAAACACGGGCUUCCUGAAAGUGUGGCAUAUUUAGCCGAACAAGAAUCUUGGGAGCCAAGAGAAGCUAAGGCCGGACCUCUUGAGUUGAUGACGCUGCCCAACUCGCUUCAUCAGGAGAACCUGGAGAACUAUUCGGGUGAAGGCAAAGAUCAGGAUCCGGAAGGUGCAGGCACUUUGACUGACCAAGGCAGAGUUGUAUCAGGAGAGGAUAAAGACAUGGAGGGUAGUGGAAAUGGAAGCAGCUCUCUGGCUGGCUUUGAAAUACAUGUGAACACAUUGGCCAGCCAUGGUGUUAAAUUAAGCCCCACACCUGAAGAUUCACCCAAACCAAGCACUUCUGCGACUGUGGAUGAGCAGACUACUCUGUCUCAGUGGCUGCUGGUUAAUCAACCCACCACCUCACCUCAGGGCACCCCGGAGUCAGACACAGCUGAGGAGGCCAAGGGAGAGAUCUUUUAUGUCCACAGGCCGACUGAGAUGCUCUCUUCGCCGUCUUUUUUGCAAACACAAGAUGAGAGUAAAGAGAAUGGUAUGGAUGUCACAGCUGAAGCUCUGCUGGAGGUACUGACAACUUCUGAGGUGACCUCAGUGGACCCUUUGGCCAGAGAUCCACACAGAACUGAUCCUGUCACCACAGUCGUUACCAUAGAAAAUACUCCAGACACCUCCUCCACAGAAGAGCAAUCUAUUUCCAUUUCAUGGGUUGCGGAAGAGCAGAAGAACAUUAGCGUACCUGACCAGCAAAGCCAUCUGUCAGUGACUCCAACGCCUACUGAAGGAUCUCAAACUGGAGUCGUUCUACUGAGCACCGACGCCUUAAACUCCGAAACUGGCCUGACAGAAAUGGAAUCCAGAUCUGCAGUCACUGAGUUCUUCGUCGUGGGAAGUGUUCAGACACCAUCCAAAGAGUUCAACCCGGAGGAACACAGAAUCCCAGAGACUACAGAGAGCAAAGACACAAGCAACCCAUUUGGCAGUCUUGUACCUGAAUGGGCAUUUGACCUCAACCCAUCAGCGGAAAGCAACCCGUGUCAGACCAGCCCUUGUCUCCACGGUGGGAGCUGCCUGCAGGAAGGAGACGGCUAUAGCUGCUACUGUCCUCAGGGCUACUCCGGCGAGAACUGCGAGAUUGACAUUGACGACUGCCAGUCUAAUCCGUGCCAGAACGGCGGAACCUGCAUCGACGAGAUCAACUCCUUUGUGUGUCUAUGUCUGCCCAGCUACGGCGGAGCUACGUGUGAAAAAGACAUUGAGGGCUGCGAGCACUCGUGGAGAAAGUUUCACGGCCACUGCUACAGGUACUUCAGCCGCAGACACACCUGGGAGGACGCUGAGAAGGACUGCAGGGAGCACAGCGGUCACCUGGCCAGCAUCCACAGUGCAGCCGAGCAGAGCUUCAUCAGAGGUCUGAGCCACGACAACACCUGGAUUGGGCUGAAUGAUCGUACAGUGGAGGAUGACUUUCAGUGGACGGACAAGACAGACCUGCAAUAUGAAAACUGGCGGGAAAACCAGCCUGACAACUUCUUCGCCGGAGGAGAGGACUGCGUGGUAAUGAUCGCUCAUGAGAAUGCCAAAUGGAACGACGUGCCUUGCAACUACAAUCUGCCCUACGUCUGCAAGAAGGGAACAGUGCUUUGUGGAGCCCCUCCCAGCGUGGACAACGCCUUCCUAAUUGGUCGAAAGCGCUCCCACUAUGACAUCCACUCCAUAGUGCGCUACCAGUGCGCCGACGGCUUCCUGCAGCGCCACGUGCCCACCGCUAAAUGUCGUGCCAACGGCAAGUGGGACCGACCCAAGAUCAUCUGCAUACGAUCUCGGCGAGCCCAUCGCUACCGACGCCACCACCACAAGGCGAGGAGGGAGCGCCGGAAGCACAAGAGGCACGGCCGCAGAGAGGGGGGACACCACGGAGGGGAGCUCAGCCAGGGCCACAACCACGCCCGCUUCUGAACCAAAAAAAAAAAAAAAAGAAAGAUUGGCGCCCACUUUCUUUUACUUCUCUGCUGCAAACUGCAGCAUGCCUGUCUCCCCGCUGUCCUAAUUUCCCCCAAAUCCCACUUCACAAGUCUCAGCCCAUGUACCCCCCCCCCUCCCCUCCCCCUCCAUCCUGUUCUGCCCUUAGCGCCCCCUCCCCCUUACCCCCUGGUGCUCAGAAGCAACCUGCUUGUUAGUCCCCUCUGACGCCUGCCAAAGUGCUGCCAGGUGUUGCCAGGACCAUAACAACCCUAUUGAUAUCCCCUUUUUUCUUUGAUUCAUUUUUGGGCUCCAGCUCUUUUGUCUGCCCCUCUCACAUGAUCCAGUUACUCUCAGCCCUUGGCCCAUGUUGACCUGUUUUUGAGAAAGAAAAGA